CCGUUCCGUGGCGGGGUGUUUCGCCGUUUCCGGGGUUGAGGAAGGCGGUUUGUCUGAAAGGUUGGGCGAAGCUCGGGGUCGUCGUCGUCUUCGUCGGCGGUCGCUGUGAUGUACCACAGCAGCACGCAGAGGCGCUACUGGACUUUCCGCAGCGAGGAGGAGUUGGCCCGCAGGCGCUCUGACGCCAACCGCAAGUUCAGAUGCAAAGCUGUGGCCAAUGGGAAGGUUCAACAGACAGACUCGUUUCUUCUUGACCAACAUGAAGAGCUGAUAAUUUGUAAAUAUUAUGAAAAAAGAUUAGCAGAUUUUUGUUCUGUAUUUAAGCCAGCAAUGCCCAAAUCUGUUGUGGGAACAGCCUGCAUGUAUUUCAAACGUUUUUAUCUCAAUAACUCAGUAAUGGAAUAUCAUCCCCGUAUAAUUAUGUUAACGUGUGCAUUCUUGGCUUGUAAAGUAGAUGAAUUUAAUGUAUCUAGUGCACAAUUUGUUAAUAACCUCCGUGACAGUCCAGCAGGACAGGAGAAAACAUUGGAACAGAUCUUGGAAUAUGAAUUACUUCUUAUUCAGCAGCUGAACUUCCACCUUAUAGUACAUAACCCUUACAGACCAUUUGAAGGGCUAUUGAUUGAUUUGAAGACCCGUUAUCAAUUGCUUGAAAAUCCUGAGACAUUGAGGAAGACAGCAGAUGAUUUUCUUAAUCGAGUAUCUUUGACAGAUGCCUGCCUUCUAUUUACACCUUCUCAGACAGCUCUCACUGCCAUGGUAUCAAGUGCAUCCAGGGCAGGAUUUAAUAUGGAAAGUUACUUGUCAGGAACCCUAAUGCUCAAAGAGAACAAAGCAUCCCUUUCACAGUUGCUGGAUGGAAUGAAAUGCAUGAAAAAUCUGGUAAAAAAAUAUGAGCUACCACAUCCUGAAGAGGUUGCUGUAUUAAAACAGAAGCUAGAAAAAUGUCACAGUCCAGAACUUGCUCUUAAUUCAAAUACGAAAAAAAGAAAAGGCUAUGAAGGUGAUGAAUUCAUCUCGAAAAAAUCUAGAAUGGAGGAGGAUGAAUGGACAGAUGAUGAUUUCAUGGACUGAUAUCUACAUUCCUAAUAGAAAAUAAAACCUGAAUUAAUAUACAUUGGAAAUAAACCCAGGCAGCAUGUUGUAUAACUUAUCAUUCAUCAGAAAAUUAUAUAUUUAUAAUACAAUAAAUUUUUUUUUACAAAGUGA